AUGCAUACUAAUAAUGUACAAUAUUUCAGUUUUGGAAGGCCAGAUAAAUCAAAAGUGAUUUAUGCUUGGAAAGUUCAUUGCACUGAAGGAUUAACAUUUUCUAAAGUUGAGGAACUAUCAUCGAAAGUAAAAACUGAUGUGUAUUACAUCUUUGAACAAGAAAAAUAUGCAUUAUUAAAACUUAAUUGUCAUGAUUGGGCACUUGGUUUUGAGAAGCUUCUUCGAUCUCAAACUAAAUGUAACGAAAAAUGUACUGGUUGUAAGAAAUAUAAUUUGGAAUACUUACCGCUUAAAAUUCAAACAUGGAUUAUUUCUGAUACCGUUAGAUUAUAUCCUAUAUUAUAUCCACACUACUAUGCAAAGAAUUUGCUAUUUAAAUGUUUUUUAGAUUUUUCUAGUGCAUUUAACUUCAGAGCUCAUUUUUUAACUAAAACACAUUAUGCUAAAUGGAAAUAA